AUGGAGAUGGUGACAACCGAGAGUCAGUUGCGUCAGUUUAUUCGUGUCGGUCGCAUCGCGUGGUGAUGAAACUUGAAGUGUUUUGCUCAGACUGAAAUCAGUCGAGAUCCAGACUGAUAUCAGUCGAGAUCCAGACUGGAUCCGUCAUCGAGGGAACGACGCGAUUGAAAACACGGAGAAUUGUCGUUGCAGCGCGAGAGGGCAGAAGUUAAAGAAUAUAUACUGAGAAAGUAGGACGCGCCGCGUCACGUCGUAUGGCGGAUUAUGAGCUCCGUGAAGAGUGUCAUCAUCACCCUGCCUAAGAGAGUGUCCAAGGCGAUCCCGAGGACCGAAUCAUCGCGCAACUCGCUACCUAAGCUGAACUUUAUGUCAGUCCUGGUGGACAAGGCAAGGAUGGACAGCAGGAAGGUCGUCUCUGAUCAGCAAAAGGAGACGCGUGAUGACGACGUCGCGACGCUCCUCGAACCCGUGGACACCCGCGUACGUGGAAAGAAACGCCGGCUGGAUCAUCUAACGUGGGAGGAGAAGUUGCAACGAAAAAAACUGAAGAAUCGAGUGGCCGCUCAAACCUCGCGAGAUCGCAAAAAAGCCAGAUUGGACGAGCUUGAGGAAACAGUGAGGACACAGAAGGAAAGGAGUGAGUUACUUACACAGGAAUGUGCGAUGCUGAGGUCGCAGAACGAACUGCUGACGUCGCAAAAGGAAUGGCUGUUGAACGAAAAUAAGAGGCUAAGAAACGAAAGAGACGCAGUGAGGAACACGCUCACAGAUCAGCAACAACCGAUCUGCUCCGCCUGUCGGACCCGUGUCGACAGUGCUGUACCUUCGCUGGGAUCUGCAGUAUCCCCCAAUGACCCUCUGCCGCAGGGUGGGACAGCACAGUCGGCAUUGCGCGACACGGACGCCAGAAGCAACCGCACUGCUGAAAUUUCUGACUCUAUACUUCCUUUGGAAGAAUUGUUUAACGUAUUCCAAAGCGCCGACGUCGAACGAUUCGAAGAGCUGGCGGAGAGCCUCUUACGAGAAGUCAGUCCAGAGGUUGAAGCAAAUCCUCCUAGAUCAAAUGAACAAGUGUCCGUCAACGAAACUCCCGUUGAAAAACCUGACCAUCCAGAGGCAUUGGUGGGGCAGACAUCAAAAAAUGUGGAAGCCAGUAGAACUGGUGGAAGCAUAGACAGCGUAUCCUCUUAUCUACGAGAUACGUCUAAUUGGUUUCUCGAGGACUGCGACACAACGAAGAUCACGUCUAUCAAGACCGAGACUGAAAUUAAACAGGAGUCUGAGACGGCAUCGGAUCUCGAUACUGUCUAUGGUACAUACGACGAGACCACCAAUUCCAUCACGAUUAUGUAUCCAGGUGAGGAGAACGACGGCUGCGUGGGUAUCCAAGAAUGCGUGCAAGAGGUGGUCAGUAGUAACGAGAGCGGUGCCGUCAGCCAUGCCGCAGACGACGCUGUAAAUCUCACUGUUCCUUCAUUGGGCAUUCAAUUGCGCUAUUCGACGCAAUUCUCACCAGCAUACAUCAAUUCCAUGUCACCUGCUAUGAGCGACGUGGAUAGUUACGGUAUUUCUCCGACGAAGCAGCUGGAUUGCGCCAGUUUAUCGGACGGUGGAUACGAAUCUCACGAUUCCCCGCAGUCACACAUGUCGGAAUUAUUCGAUCUCGAAAGUUUCAGCGAGCUGUUUCCCGCGUUGCUGGCAAUUCCGGAUAAGGCGUGCUGCCGAGGCGAGCGCCAGAUCGAUGUCGAAUCGUUACAUAUGUGACGGGAAAUUUCAGCGAAAACAGGCUACAAAAGAAAAAUGAAAGAGAGAUUCGGAAAAUAUCGUUAUAAAUCCGAAAAUCGUUCAUUUAACAUUAGAUAGAAACUUGCAAACUUCGACUAGAUUCUCGCACAUUUUUUUAUCAAUAUCAAGCAGUUUAAUUUCAACGUUUUGAACGAAAAAUAUAACUCUUAGAGACUUGCGAAAUGCAAGUUAUGUAAAUAUGUAAUAAACAUGAUUAUAAAAAGACAUAAUAUAGCUAAUUAAAGAGGCUCUUUCUAUAUAAGUUAUUUUAAUUAGCAGAGAGCUUCUAUGGAGAAAUAUAAUUUGUUUCUUCUAUAUUCUUUCUUUUUGUUACAAAUUUUGUUACAAAUUUUAACUUUGAAUAGUAGCUUUAUCCAGCACAAU